GCCAAAUCUCAUUUGCGCUGAAUAAAAACCCCGACAAUCUUGUUCUUUAUGAACAACUAACCGGCUAUUUUUUGGUCCCUUUGGAUCAAACCUCUCCAAGUUGUAGAGCUAGAGAGCCCUUGUUCGGGGAUCGGAGAAGCUGAAACUGUGAUGCAAAAGGUAAGGAAAUUCGCCUCCUUCGUCCGAACUAUUACAACUGCAACAUCCGAAUUUCUAGCCACGACAUCACCAAUCCAUUCACCACAGCCAUACUCGCAUUUGGGUGUGCAUGCUCGUGAUGUCAUUUACCUUAAGAAUCGAGAAAUCAAUAUACUUAUAAGACUGGGCCAUCUUAACUCUGCCAUUAAGUUGUUCGAUGAAAUGCCUCUUCAUGACGUCGUUACUUACAAUUUGCUAAUUUCUGGGUGUCUUCGCAAUGGGCAUCCAGAGCGCGCAUUUGGUCUAUACAGCCAAAUGGUUUUACGAGGGAUUAGAGAAAGUGCGUCAACAUUUACUUCACUCUUGGGUACUUGUAGCAACAUGGAUUUUUUCAAAGUAGGGAGUCAAAUUCACUGCAGGGUUGUUUUUUUUGGGUUUACCUUGAAUUUGUUUAUUGCCAGCUCUCUAAUUGAUUUCUUUAUGAGAAUGGGUCUUGAUAUUGUAGCUUUGAAGCUGUUUGAUGAGUUGCCGCAACGAAAUAUAGCUGUUUGGAACUUGUUGCUUUGUCGGUACUGUGAACUGAGCCAAUUCGAACAGCUUCUGGGUUUUUUCUCGAAAAUGCAAUUAGAAGGCGUAGAGCCAAAUGGUCUUACGUUUUGCUAUUUCCUUCGAGGAUUUGGUAGCGAGAGGCUCUUAGAUGAAGGGAAGCAACUACAUACCCGUGCUGUUAAGAUCGGAUUUCUUGAAUCAAAUAUCUUUGUUCCAAAUGCUUUGGUGGAUUUCUACUCUGGUUGCAGAAGUUUAACAGAAGCAAAAAAAGCAUUUGAAUGUAUACCAUUAGACGAUGUUAUUUCCUGGAAUUCGAUUGUUGUAGUUUAUGCAGACAAUGGUUUCUUGUCAAAAUCACAUGAGUUGUUUUCGUUUUGGGGGAAAAGGCCCUCAAUUUGGUCGUUAAUGGCUCUUUUGAAUUUAUCUAGUCGGACAAGGAAUAUCCAGUUGGGGAAACAGAUUCAAUCUUGUGCUCUGAAACUGGGUUUUGCUCAUGAGAGUAGCCACCUUCAAUCGGCGUUGAUAAAUAUGUAUGGCAAAUGCCUUGAUAUUGAGAGUUCAGUGGCCGUGUAUGAAAGUAUUUCUGUGAGAACUUUGGAGUGUUGCAACUCUUUAAUGACAUCUUUGCUACACUGUGGUGCCAUUGAAGAUGCGAUCGAGAUGUUUGGAUUGAUGGUUGACGAGAGAAUUGGACUUGAUGAGGUUACUUUGUCCACGACAUUAAAAGCACUAUCAAUGUCUUCUCCAUCAGACUUGACCAGAUGUAGAUUGCUCCACUGUUGUGCCAUAAAAUCAGGCUUUGAAUAUAAUUCCGUGGUUUCUUGUUCUUUAAUGGAUUCUUAUUCAAAGUGUGGUCAUGUUGAGCUCUCUUGCAAAAUUUUUGAGGAAAUCCAUUCCCCCGGUGUCAUUUGUUUCACCUCAAUCAUCAAUGGAUAUGCCCGAAAUGGACUGGGGAAGGAGGGUGUUCAAAUGCUCAAGACGAUGAUCCAGAAAGGCCUGAAACCUAACAAAGUGACUUUCUUGUGUGCAUUGAUAGGGUGCAACCAUUCAGGACUUGUCGAAGAAGGAAGAUUUGUGUUUGAGUUGAUGAAAACCCUUCACGGAAUUGAACCAGAAUGGAAACAUUAUUCAUGCAUGGUCGAUCUUCUUGGUCGUGUAGGUCUGCUGGAUGAGGUUGAAAAGUUGAUUCAAAAGGUGCCUGAAAGGGUCAACGGUGUAAUCUGGAGCUCCAUGUUAAGAAGUUGUAGAAUCCCUGGAAAUGAAACAAUCGGAAGGAAAAUUGCAAAGUCGUUGGUGGACCUUGAAACUGAAGAUCCUGCCAUUCUUUUGCAGGCUUCAAACUUCUAUUCUGAUAUUGGAUAUUUUGAAACUUCAAAGCAACUUAGAGAAAUUGCAUUGACAAAAAAAGUGAUCAGAGAAAUUGGUCACGGUUUAAUUGAGGUAAAAAGUCAUUGUUAACUGGGGACUUCCACUUGGUGGAAUCAAUAGCUCGGAUAAACUCCUACAACUGAGCGCAGUGAUGCCUGCCACCUGGAGGUUUCUUUCUUGGAUCUUUGGAAGGUUCCCUCGGCUGAGCCGUGAGAUAUUUCCUUAAUGGGGUUGCAUUGGAGGAUCCGAUGCCAUUAGUGGUUCAGGAAGCAAUGAGGACAAUCUACAGCAAAAAUUAUUUCAAACAAAAACGAGGGAUCUAAUAUUGGAGAAUUGGGCCACCAAAGACAAAUGAUCUUCGGUCGAGAUAUUGGCCAUGGAUUCAAGUUCCAAUCCAAAGCUAGAUGUGUAGAAUAUAUGAAUAUUGAAAACAUUUAGCCAUAAGGCCCAUAAAAUGGAAAUGGAAAAUUCUAGCGACCAGUCAUUAACAAAGCACAAUCUAAGCACUUAAGCUAAAAUCAUUUGACCGAGAGGCAAUUGAAAUAAACAAGUGUAUUAAAAUACAUAUUACUAUCAAAGAGUCUACGGACUGGGUGGGAAGAAUUGUAUUUUGGCUUGAAGAAGGUCAGAGGCGUCCCUGUCAAA